AUAUAAUAUAUUUCUAAUUAAUAGCUGUUGGAUACAGCUCUGGAAUGAUCGACGAUAUUCUCGAUCAUUCGAUAAACGCGCCUGGGCCACUGCGACAAACUCGAAUAUUCUAGACGCGACACCCCCUCCCCCGCUGCUGAUCUAUCCACGACGGUCCCUAUAUAUAUGGGCCGCCGCGACCGUUUGACCCGCUAGUCACCGUAUUCUUUUGCGUUGGUAAUUUCCACGUAAUUAUUGGUGUUUUGUCGGCUGUUGCAGUGGCGCAGUACGCGGUAAGAACUUUGUUGUUUAUUGUUUUUUAUAUAUAUAUAUAUCGGUACAAUUUUUUAUAACUUUGUUUAAUAUAUUUUGUUUUAUUAUUUCUUUCUUUUAUAUAUAUUGGUAUAAUUUGUUGUAAUAAUUGUAUUGUAAUUUCAUACAAUUAUAUCUUGAUGUAUUAAUUGAUAAUUUAUAUUGACUUUGUUAUAUUAUAUUUUAAUACAUCUCAUUGUCUAUACACAAUAUAUAUAUCUUAAUCAUACAUACAGUCCACUUGUCGUUAGACAUAUUCAUUUUAAAGCGUGGUUACCCCGAACAACGAUUUGCUAGGGACCUCGCUUACAUUUUUUGGACCUUCGUUCCGGAUAUUUUGUUAUCAAUAUGGCACCUUCAAAAUCUUCGAAACAAGAAUUAACGCGAGCACGCGUCGCAAGGGACGCGGCGUUAAAUUCAAUACGGAAAAUACAUGCACUGGCUAUGGAAGCGGACACGGAUGAGCAUAAACGACCAAUAUUUUUCGCACGUCACGGGACAUUAGAACGUGCGGUUAAGUCGUUUGAAGCGGAGCAAGGAAAUGUUCUUUCUUCACUGGUUGAAUUAAACAGGUCUGACGAAUUUACAAGUUCAGAUUUAGAAAUUACUGAGGACAUGGAAAAAAUGUGCGGAGAAAUUCAAGUGGUGUUUUCGAAAUUACGUGGAUAUCCUUCAAUUACACAUCAAGGUGCAAUCGUAGAACGCGAAAAUACGUAUAAUUCUCGUGCAUCGCUGUCGUUGCCGAAGAUUGAGCUUCCAAAAUUCGACGGUAGUCUUUUAAAUUGGUGCGCGUUUCGCGAUAUGUUCACGUCACUAGUGCAUGAAAAUCGGUCAAUAACGGAUAUAGAGCGCUUUCAUUAUUUGGUGUCUUGCUUAUCAGGAUCGGCCUUGAACAUUGUCAAAUCAGUUCCACUAACCUCAGAUAAUUAUGUAAUCGCCUGGUGUGCGCUUCGGGAUCGUUAUGAUAACAAGCGGCUUCUUGCUACAGCACAUUGUGAUAAAUUAUUUUCAUUUGAACGUUUACAACGGGAAUCGGUAUCCUCGUUAUCAUCUUUUGUUAAUACUUUUCGUGAGAAUGUGGCUGCGCUAAAGGCACUUGGUGUUGUUGAUUUGUCUGGUUUCUUGCUAUUCUACAUCGGAGCCCGCGUCAUUGAUCCUGAUACUCGUCGAUUAUUUGAAGCAAGUGUACCUCAAGAAAGCAUACCGAAGCUGGACGAACUGUUGGAUUUUGCUGCGAAUCGGUGUAAGAUUUUAGAAAACGUCGGCGCUAACACGGGUACGCUGUCAGUGGGCAACAGUAGUUCUAGAAAGGGCAAGGGCGGCCAGACGUCCGUGAAGACUUCAUUAUCGACUACUGCCACUGCCAAGAACAAAUGUGCGUUUUGCGAUCGUGAUCACCCGUUAUUUCGAUGUUUAAUGUUCAAGAGGAAAUCGGUCGCCGAACGGCGGGAGUUUGUCAUUAAGAAAGAAUUAUGUUUUGUUUGUCUACGUCCGGAUCAUGAAGCAAACUCCUGUAAGUCGGCGUACUUGUGCAAAACUUGUGAAGGACGACACAGUGUAUUGCUCCAUUUAGAUUCAAAACAUAAGGGUUCAGGGAAAACAUCAACACCUAAUACAAUGGCAAUUUCAAAACCGAUUGAAAGCACCACGGAUCAGAACUGUACAGCUACUAACUUUUCUGGCGCUGUGAAAUCGGAUGUUAGUGUUGUACUGGCUACGGCGAUAGUGAGAAUACGAGACCAAUCUGGUGAGCUGGUGCCAGUGCGAGCUUUAUUAGAUACUGGAUCACAAAUUUCGGCCAUUACCAAUCAGUGUGCGAUCCAACUUGGUUUACCACGUCAUAAGGGACGAGUAGAGGUUAGUGGUAUGGCACAGCAGCCCGUACGAACUGUUAAGGGUUCAACCAAUUGUAGCUUUAUUCCUUUGUUGUAUGAUGCACCGCAAAUAUCGGCCACCAACAUUGUAAUAUUACCAAAAAUCACCGCUCUUAUGCCGAAUCAAAAAUUACCCAUUUCAAUUCGUGAGCGAUACGGGCAUCUUCCACUCGCUGACCCCGAUUUUGAUGUACCAGGUUCAGUAGACAUGCUGAUUGGAGGGGAUUUAUAUCCAUUCAUCUUGCGAUCGCGAUCGGACAUUGUCCAUAGUCCCGGUCUGCCGUCAGCAUUGAACACACAGUUUGGAUGGGUAAUAGUCGGAGCCAUAGAAGGGUCAAGAGAAUACUCUACGGCUUCAUCGUUGGUGGUUCAUGCGGCAUCAGAUAAUCAAAAUAUAGGUGAGCUUUUACAGCGAUUUUGGGAAGUUGAAGAACUUGAUAUAAACCAUAGCCCAAGCACAGAAGAUGAAGCAUGUGAAAGACAUUUUCAAGAAACAGUAUCGCGGGAUUGUAAUGGAAGAUUCCAUGUUGCUUUGCCUUUCAAAUCCAUAAUUUCUAGUUCAAUGGAUAAGGGAAAUACAAAGCAUGACGCUCAUUCAUUAGGCCUAGGAUCGUCCCGGGCAUUAGCUCUGAAUCGCUUAUAUAAUCUUGAACGUCGCCUAAGUAAGGACGAAGAGCUAUAUAACGCCUAUCGUGAUUUUAUGGAUGAAUAUAUUGCACUAGGCCAUAUGAAGUUGGCUGAACGCACCGGAGAAUAUUUCAUACCACAUCACGCAGUUGUAAAACGGAAGGAGAAUGAUAUAAAAAUUAGAGUUGUUUUUGAUGCCUCCGCCCCUUCUUCGUCGGGACGUUCUCUAAACGACUGCUUAGCAACUGGGUCUAAAUUGCAAACCGAUAUCGGUGACAUUUUGUUGCGUUGUCGAUUCUAUAAGUACAUAUUCAUAGCGGACAUAGUUAAGAUGUAUCGACAAAUAUUCGUUCGAAAAGAAGACCGUGUUUACCAACACAUUCUUUGGAGACGUUCACCACACGAGCAAUUGGAACAAGAUAAUGGUCCAGAAUUUCCAUUGGCAAGGCAAUUUCUGCGGUCAUAUACCUAUGUGGAUGACAUUAUUGCAGGGGCCGAUACAAGGGAAGGCAUAUUGAAGGUUCAAUGUCAAGUCGUUGGGCUGUUACAGAAAGGCUGUUUUCAGCUCAGUAAAUGGGCCAGUAAUUGCCCCGAAGUAUUGGAAGGCAUUGCGAAGGAGGACUGCGCCAGUAGCCCAUACUAUGAACCUCAUUCUGGACUGGCUAUAAAAAUAUUGGGACUUUACUGGGACCCGUAUGGAGAUACAUUCGGAUACAGGUCAAAUAUUACAGAGAUGCAACCUACAAAGCGAUCAGUACUAUCAGUCCUCGCUCGAUUAUAUGAUCCCAUUGGAACAUUAGGCCCAAUGGUUUUCUGGGCUAAGUGCCUAAUGCAAGAGCUAUGGCGUCAAGGACUGAACUUUGACACUCCAAUUUCCAAUGAGAUCUCUUCCAAGUGGAAUAUGUUCAUAGAAGAACUUACAUCGUUGGCGCACUUGAAGUUACUUCGUCAUAUUAGCAUUGGAAAAUGCAUAAAGGCUCAGUUAGUGGGGUUUGCAGAUGCGUCACAAAGGGGUUAUGCUGCGACGGUCUUUCUACGAGUAACGGACAAUCAAGGUCUUAUUAAAGUGCAUUUCAUUGCUUGCAAGUCAAAGGUUGCUCCGCUAAAGACAUCCAAGAUCGAUAAGUCUUUGACCAUACCCCGGUUAGAACUAUGUGCCGCACUUUUGUUAGCACGUCUCCUUUCACAUAAGAUGUCACUGUUAAAGGAAUUAGUAUCUGUACAAAGCAUCAAAGCAUUCUCUGAUUCAACGAUUGUUUUGUCAUGGUUAAAGGCCGAGCCCAAGGAUUUUAAAAUAUUUGUUACAAAUAGAGUAAACAAAAUAAAGGAGCUACUGCCACAAUGUGAGUGGAAUCACGUAAAAACUACGAAAAAUGCAGCGGACCCGGCAUCAAGAGGGCUACUCCCAAGCCAAUUAGUUGCUUCGCCGUUGCAUUUGAACGGUCCGGAAUUCUUACGGCAGCCUGAAGAACAAUGGCCGAGUCAAACUUUAACAAGACUUCCUUCCGAGCAACUUCCAGAUUACAAACAACCAGUCAAGUGUGUGUUGCAUAUUCUUAAAUGUAAAGAAUCAGAAGAGAUCUUCCGUCGUUUUUCGUCAUUAACGAGAAUGCAGCGAACACUCGCGUAUGUAUGGCGCCUCAUCGACCGUUGCAAACGGAGGCCUGUAAGCAGCGGCCCACUUACUCAAAUUGAACUCAAUUCGAACACUUCUUAACAUCAUUAAGCUUACGCAAAAUUUUUAUUGGGAAGACUUACGGAAGCAGUUAGAAAAUACAUCGGCAUCGAUAACCCCCAAUUCACUUGCUCAGUUGUCACCAUAUUUAGACAAGGAAGGAUUAAUACGUGUCGGCGGUCGACUUCGUUUUUCGCUUCUGACCGAGGAAGCUAAGCAUCCGGUGUUGCUCCCUAAGGCUGCUCAUGUUACGCAGUUAAUCAUAAUCCAUUAUCAUAUGAGACUUCUACAUGCCGGUCCAAAAUUAGUUAUGGCUAUGAUUCAAAAUAAAUAUUGGAUUGUGUCAGGACGUGCAGCCAUUCGGAAAAUUAUACAUACAUGUGUUAGAUGUGUGCGCCAUAGAGCUGCUUGCCCACAACCAGUCAUGGCAGACCUGCCACCAGUACGAGUACAGCCUCAUAGACCAUUCGCAUUCGUUGGCAUGGAUUACGGUGGACCGUUUAUUGUGAAAGAAAGCCGUCGACGAGGUGCUAAGACUAACAAGGCUUAUCUUGCUCUAUUUGUGUGUCUGUCAGUAAAGGCAGUCCAUUUGGAAGUGGUGAAGCUGCCUGUGUCCCGAUCAGAAGGUUCUUCUAUCAACCAGUUUUUUUUGUAUUUUUUAUCAUUUUCAUCUAUUUAAUGUAAAGUGGUACAAGAUGUACAAUUCAUUAUUCAUUAUUUGUUUAUUUUGUAAUUUUGAAAGCAUCCUUUCAAAGGCGGGAGGAUGUUGGAUACAGCUCUGGAAUGAUCGACGAUAUUCUCGAUCAUUCGAUAAACGCGCCUGGGCCACUGCGACAAACUCGAAUAUUCUAGACGCGACACCCCCUCCCCCGCUGCUGAUCUAUCCACGACGGUCCCUAUAUAUAUGGGCCGCCGCGACCGUUUGGCUCGCUAGUCACCGUAUUCUUUUGCGUUGGUAAUUUCCACGUAAUUAUUGGUGUUUUGUCGGCUGUUGCAGUGGCGCAGUACGCGGUAAGAACUUUGUUGUUUAUUGUUUUUUAUAUAUAUAUAUAUCGGUACAAUUUUUUAUAACUUUGUUUAAUAUAUUUUGUUUUAUUGUUUCUUUUAUAUAUAUUGGUAUAAUUUGUUGUAAUAAUUGUAUUGUAAUUUCAUACAAUUAUAUCUUGAUGUAUUAAUUGAUAAUUUAUAUUGACUUUGUUAUAUUAUAUUUUAAUACAUCUCAUUAUCUAUACACAAUAUAUAUA